GAAGAAGAGGUUACAAAUACAUAACCUAAAUAAAUACAAACAAAUUCCGACAAUGUCAGUGACUUUGCACACAGAUUUAGGCAACUUAAAGCUGGAAUUAUACUGCGAAUAUUGUCCGAAAGCGUGCGAAAAUUUUCUAGCUCUAUGCGCAAGUGAUUACUAUAAGGGGAGUUUGUUUCACAGGAAUAUAAAGGGGUUUAUUGUGCAAACAGGUGACCCCACUGGCAGUGGUAAAGGAGGUCAAUCGAUUUGGGGUAAAAAGUUUGACGACGAGUUUAAGGAGCAGUUGAAACAUACUGAGCGAGGGGUUGUUUCUAUGGCUAAUAAUGGGCCCAAUACCAAUGGAAGUCAAUUUUUUAUUUCGUAUGCUGCUCAGCCACAAUUGGACUUGAAAUACACUAUUUUUGGUAGAGUUAUUGAUGGUAUGGAUACUUUAGACGAAUUAGAAAAAUUACCUGUAAAUCCCAAAAAUUUUAAACCCACCAAUGAUAUAAGGAUUAAUAGUAUAACAAUUCAUGUCAACCCUUUGGCUGGUUAAUUCAUUAAAUAAUUAAAUAAAAG